GGGCUGCUCAGUGAGCCUAGUGAGGGACACUGGUGCUGCUGCCGGCGGCCUCUAUCCCCCUCCCUCCCGCGGCCGCUGGGCAGCCGAGUCCCCGCCUCCAUCUUAUUGUCUCCGGAGGAGGAGGAAGACGAGAGGCGGUCGCUGACAAGAUGGCGGCUCCCAGGGAGGCGUGAAAAGAGGCUCCGGUGCCCCGUCCCACGCUCGCACACCGAUCAUCGCGGUGGCCGUCAUUUUGUGAGCUGCUUUGGCACGGGCAGCCAUUUGUUUGCGCUCCUUUCCCCGGUUUUCCCUCAGAUUCCCCCGCGUUCCAGGGUCCCCGAGGUGGCGGUGGGGGCGGAGUCUCGGCCCUCAGCCUUCGUACACAGCGGAGCAGUGCUCUGCCGGUGCCGGGUCUGAUCCCUGACCGUGCUGACGCCGCCGCCAGCGGCCCGGAGGAGGCGCCCUCUCGCCGUGUUGUCGCUCCGCCCGUCGCCAUCUUUGGUUUUCCUACCAGCUCUUUAUUGGUUUGUUUGGACGGCACAAGAUGGCGGCUCCCAUGGACUCCCUCAGCUUCGCCGCUCCCGGGUGGCUUUAGAGAGGAGAAGCGGCUCGGCCGAGUCGGGAGCGGGCUGCCAGCGGAGGAGGAGGGAGACAGCAGCCGCCUCUCACAGCCGGAGACCCGGAGGAGCCGAGGGGGCAGCAGCAGGCGCGGGAACCAGCUUGUCUUCUCCCCGGCCGCCGUCUUAAAAUGGCGGCUCCCAUGGACUCCUCAGCGCCACAGUGAGAGCCGGCAACCGACUAGGCCGCGGCCCCGGGGCUCCCGUAUUACCCACCCCAUUUCACACGUCGUGCCUGAGGCCGGCCACAGCACUCUCACCCCUGGCCCCGAGCCGGUCCCGGCCGCCCGGACGGCGAUUUCUCACCCCCAACCCCCUCCUUUCUUCCCGCAUCUAAGCCGGUGAGCGUGAAGGAGCUGUCACCCCCGCCAUGGCCGCCCCUCCCGCGGUGACGGGAACCACUGUCCUGCAGCCCCGCUGGAAGCGAGUGGUGGGCUGGUCGGGCCCAGUGCCUAGGCCUCGUCACGGACACCGGGCCGUAGCCAUCAAAGAGCUGAUCGUGGUGUUCGGGGGCGGAAACGAGGGCAUCGUGGACGAGCUGCACGUCUACAACACCGCUACAAACCAGUGGUUCAUCCCUGCCGUGAGAGGAGACAUCCCUCCUGGCUGUGCUGCGUAUGGAUUUGUCUGUGACGGUACUCGCUUACUAGUCUUUGGCGGAAUGGUGGAGUAUGGCAAAUACAGCAACGACUUGUAUGAGCUGCAGGCAAGCAGAUGGGAGUGGAAGAGGUUGAAAGCCAAAGCCCCCAAAAAUGGUCCUCCUCCUUGUCCACGUCUUGGACACAGUUUUUCGUUGGUGGGAAGUAAAUGCUACUUGUUCGGUGGCUUGGCAAAUGAUAGCGAGGACCCAAAGAACAACAUUCCUAGGUAUCUGAAUGAUUUGUACAUAUUGGAGUUGCGUCCUGGCUCUGGUGUCGUAGCGUGGGACAUCCCUAUAACUUAUGGCAUCCUGCCUCCACCCCGGGAAUCUCACACUGCUGUGGUGUACACAGAUAAGGACAGCAAGAAGUCUCGCUUGGUGAUAUACGGUGGUAUGAGUGGAUGCCGGCUUGGUGACCUGUGGAUAUUAGAUAUAGACACGCUGACAUGGAGUAAACCCAAUCUGAAUGGUGUUGCCCCUCUGCCUCGAAGCCUUCAUUCUGCCACAACUAUAAGCAACAAGAUGUAUGUUUUUGGAGGCUGGGUGCCAUUGGUCAUGGAUGAUGUCAAGGUAGCCACCCAUGAAAAGGAAUGGAAAUGUACAAACACACUUGCUUGUCUCAAUCUUGACUCCAUGGCAUGGGAACAUAUUGUCAUGGAUACAAUGGAGGAUAACAUUCCACGGGCUCGUGCUGGCCACUGCGCUGUAGCGAUCAAUACACGAUUGUAUAUAUGGAGUGGUCGGGAUGGCUACCGUAAAGCCUGGAAUAACCAAGUGUGUUGUAAGGACCUGUGGUACCUUGAAACAGAAAAGCCACCUUCACCUGCUCGUGUUCAGUUAGUUAGAGCAAAUACAAACUCUCUGGAAGUGAGUUGGGGAGCUGUAUCCACUGCAGACAGUUACUUGCUGCAACUUCAGAAGUAUGACAUACCAGCUGCUGCCGCAGCAAUGUCACCGGCCAAUCCAGUUCCGUCUGUGCCAGUAAAUCCGCCCAAGAGUCCUGCGCCUGCAGCAGCUGCUCCAACAGUGCAACCUGUCGCCCACACCGGCAUCACCCUGGUUCCACAGGCUGCCUCUGUGCCUCCCACAACAGCCACUAUUCAGGUCUUGCCUACGAUCCCCGGUAGCCCAAUUGCAGUGUCUGCUGCUGCUCGUCCUCAAGCUGUUCCAGCAGUCCUGAAGAUGGGGACACCACAAACAGUCAGUACGCCACUCGUUACUGUUCGGCCAGCCACACAAGUUGGGAAAGCACCAAUGACUGUCACCUCCCUUCCACCUGGUGUACGAAUGGUGGUACCUGCCCAAAGCACCCAAGGGACUGCUAUUGGCAGCAGUCAGCCUAUGAGUGGUAUGGCGGCUCUUGCUGCGGCAGCAGCUGCUACCCAGAAGAUACCUCCCUCCUCUGCACCCACAAUGCUAAGCAUGCCUGCUGGAACAACCAUGGUGAAAUCUGUUGCAAUGUCCCCUGGAACCACCACGCUCCCUACUACUAUGAAAAUGGCAUCCUCCCCAAUCAUGUUCCCCUUCUCUUCACAGGUCAGCAACCAGGCCACACGCAUGUUGAAAACUGCGGCAGCGCAAGUGGGCACUUCGGUUUCUUCCGCUGCAAACGCACAGAAUCGUCCUAUCAUCACUGUGCAUAAAUCGGGAACGGUCACGGUCGCCCAGCAAGCCCAAGUUGUAACCACAGUGGUUGGAGGAGUCACAAAGACAAUCACUCUUGUGAAAAGUCCGAUUUCCGUUCCUGGCGGCAGCACUUUGAUUUCAAAUCUUGGCAAAAUGAUGUCUGUAGUCCAAACCAAACCAGUCCAGACAUCUGCUAUAACAGGACAGGCAUCUUCUGGGCCAUUGACCCAGAUUAUUCAGACCAAGGGACCUCUUCCUGCUGGAACAAUAUUGAAGUUGGUGACCUCAGCAGAUGGCAAACCCACAACUAUAAUCACCACGACGCAGGCUGGAGGCACGGGCACCAAGCCUACCAUUCUCGGUAUCAGCAGUGUGUCACCAAACACAACGAAGCCAGGAACCACCACCAUUAUUAAAACUAUCCCAAUGUCUGCCAUCAUUACACAGGCAGGAGCAACAGGUGUCACAAGCACCGCUGGGAUGAAGUCCCCAAUUACCAUCCUCACCACCAAAAUGGUAACAUCCGGCACACCAGGCAAAAUAAUAACAGCUGUUCCUAAGCUGACAAGUCAUGGACAACAGGGUUUAACCCAGGUGGUUUUGAAGGGGGCACCUGGCCAACCGGGCACUAUCCUUCGAACAGUCCCCAUGAGUGGCAUGAGACUGGUCACUCCUGUGACUGUAUCUGCAGUCAAGCCGACUGUAACUACUCUCGUGGUUAAGGGGACCACAGGGAUGACAACUCUUGGUACAGUAACUGGAACAAUGUCUACGAGUCUGGCAGGUGGUGGGGUACACAACACUGCUUCACUUGCAACUCCAAUAAAUACCUUGGGAACCAUCGCCACAUUAUCAAGCCAGGUGAUUAAUCCUGGAGCCAUCACUAUGUCUGCAGCUCAGACCUCACUUACUGCAGCCUCUGGACUGAGUACACCUACAAUUACUAUGCAGCCAAUAUCUCAGCCAACCCAAGUGACGUUAAUCACCACUCCUAGUGGAGUUGAAGCCCAGCCUGUCCAUGACCUUCCUGUUUCUAUUUUGGCUUCGCCAACUACGGAUCAGCCCACAGCAACUGUAACUAUAGCGGACUCUGGUCAAGGAGAUCAGCAGCCUGGCACAGUCACCCUCGUAUGUUCCAAUCCUCCUUGUGAGACCCAUGAAACAGGAACCACAAAUACUGCGACUACCACCCUUGUGAAUCUCAGCAGUAUAGUUCAGCAACCUGGUGGCACACUGCAGUUUGUAUGUGAAGGUCAGGAGCCUGGAACCUAUGUAACAAUGGGCCAGGCUAACGGAAGCAUUGUUAGAGUCUGUUCCAAUCCCCCAUGUGAAACUCACGAAACUGGAACAACACAAACUUCAACCACCGCAAUGGCCAGUAUCGGCAGCGGUCAGCCGGGGACUGUUGUAAGAGUAUGUUCAAAUCCUCCCUGCGAGACCCACGAUACAGGAACUACACAGACAUCAACUACGGCAAUGGCAAAUAUUGGCAACGGGCAGACUGAAACGGUGCUUAGAGUGUGUUCUAAUCCACCGUGUGAGACGCAUGAUACUGGCACAACACCAACUGCAACAACCGCCAGAUCAAAUUUUGGCAAUGAAAACUUGCAGACGCCGCCAAAUAAUCCACCAUGUGAGACUUUACAGACCACGUCCACCCAUACGGUCAUGACUGUGGCUGCUAACAUUACUAGCGGACAGGCAGAAGAUUUACAGCAAGUUUGCUCCAACCCACCAUGUGAAACACACGAGACGCAUACAACAAACACAGCUACUGUGGCCACAUCUAAUCUGACAACAGAGCAGCCUGGUAAUGUUCUCCAGAUGUGCUCUAAUCCACCAAAUGAAACUCAUGAAACUGGCACAACUCACACACCAACCACCGCAAGAUCCAAUAUCGGCACAGGGCUUUCAGAGAACAUACAGAGAACACCAAACAACCCACCGUGUGAGACUCAUCAAACCAGUUCUACGAAAACUACCAUGUCUGUAUAUACAGAUUUUAAUUCAGGCACAUCUGGCCUUCUGGAGGUGGAACAUGGCAAAGUUGCUAGCAAAGAAGCUGACAAAUCCAUCACAGAGCUAGGCCAGUCAGUAUCCUCUAACCAUUCGUCUGAAACGAUGAUGACUGGCACUACUCAAACUGCAACCACAGCAAAGUCCAACAUCAACUCUGGAACAUCUGAAAACAACCAACGGACCACUGGUGACUCAUGUGAGACUCAUCAGGCAAGCUCCACACGUACCACAAUGACUGUAUCUGCAGAUUCAGAUGCAGUUUGUUCUAACCCACCAUGUGAGACUCAUGAGACCAGUACAACCAACACCCCAACUACAGCAAGGUCCAGUGUUGUCGCAGAACAAGGUGAAAAUACACAGCAGUCUUCUGGUGAAACUGAUCAGGCAACCUGUACGGGAACCACCACAACGCCUACAGAAACUGAACCAAACACUUUAGAGCAACGUGUGUGCUCCAACCCACCUUGUGAAACCCACGAUACGAACACCACCAAUACUGCAAGCACAUCUACAUCCAACAUAGGACCCAGUGUACCUCCCGCACAGCAGAUCUGCUCCAACCCGCCUUGUGAAACCCAUGAAACGAACACCACCAAUACUGCAACCACAUCAACAUCUAACAUUGGACCCAAUGCACCACCUGUUCCUGCACAGCAGGUUUGCUCCAACCCACCUUGUGAAACCCAUGAAACGAACACCACCAAUACUGCGACCACAUCAACAUCUAACAUUGGACCCAACGCACCUCCUGCUCAGCAGGUUUGCUCCAACCCACCUUGUGAAACACAUGAAACAGGAACUACCCAUACAGCCACAAUAGUUACAGCCACCAUGGGGACUAAUCAAGAUCAACCACCAGCCGCUAAUGGCCAAGGAGAGCAGGAAACUGUUCCCACUGAGGAAUCUGCCUCAAGUACCAACUCCAACACCGUAGCUGCAACAUCCCCAGUUACCAUUGUGGCAGUAACAGCCGCCUCUUCUCCAGUGCAAUCAACUGUCCAGCCCAUCGUUUCCAGAGCAGUGACAACUGUGACACAGUCCACACAAGCCCCUGGCCCAUCUGUUCCGAAUAUUUCAUCCAUGACUGACCCCUCCUCUGAAGAUACUGUGCAACCUGCAAAUGCGGUCCCUUGCACUGAACAAACUGAAGCUCAGCUCUCCUCUGACAUUCUCCAGCCUCCCGAGGAGGCCCAGGGAGAACCAGAAGCACAGGCUAUGGACACUGGUGUUCCGGAACAUAAUGAAGCAGAGCUGCAAGCUGCAAUGGAAGCAGAGCAUGCCCAGGAGGCUGCAGCUGCGGAGCAACAGGGGGUUGAACAGCUUUCUCUUCCUCAGGAGCUAAUGGCAGAGGGACAGACAACCACACUCAUGGUCACAGGGUUAACGCCGGAGGAGCUAGCAGUAACUGCUGCAGCCGAAGCUGCCGCCCAGGCUGCUGCUACUGAAGAGGCCCAGGCAUUGGCCAUUCAAGCAGUUCUGCAGGCUGCGCAGCAGGCGGUGAUGGCAGCAGCUGGAGAGCCAAUGGACACCUCUGACGUGGCUCACGCCGAGCUGCGUCAUCUGACGUCUGAAGGGCCCACCACCACCAUUCCAAUUGUCCUAACUCAGCAGGAGCUGGCAGCUCUGGUUCAUCAGCAGCAACAGUUGCAAGAAGCCCAGCAUCAGCAACAGUUACAACAGCUUCAGCAGCAGCAAUUACAACAGCAGCAGCAAUUGCAUCAACAGCAGUUACAGCAACUACAGCAGCUGCAACAGUUGCACCAAUUGCCUACGGAGGCCUUGGCACCAGCGGACAGCCUCAACGAUCCUGCCAGCGAAAGUAAUGGGCUCAAUGAGCUAACUAAUGCAGUGACCAGUGCAGUUGCACUUAUACCUUCUACUCCCACAGAGAGUUUGGCUCCAACGAAUGCCUUCACAGCACCACAACCUGUAGUGAUUGCCAGCCCUGCAAAACUGCAGGCGGCAGCAGCUCUUACUGAAGUAGCAAAUGGCAUUGAGGCUAAACAGGAUUUACCCCCACAGCAGCCUAAAGCGCAGUUAAAAAAAGAGAAUCAGUGGUUUGAUGUUGGUGUAAUAAAGACCACGAAUAUGAUGGUGACACAUUACUACUUGCCUGCUGAUGACUCCAGCACUGAUGAUGACUCUGGUGUCCUCCCAGAUUAUAGCCAGUUGAAAAAACAAGAACUGCAGCCUGGGACUGCCUAUAAGUUUCGAGUUGCUGGAAUAAAUGCUUGUGGACGUGGACCUUUCAGUGAGAUCUCUGCCUUUAAGACUUGUCUACCUGGUUUCCCAGGUGCACCAUGUGCCAUAAAGAUCAGCAAGAGCCCUGAUGGUGCCCACCUCACGUGGGAACCUCCUUCUGUUACAUCUGGGAAGAUCAUCGAGUACUCUGUAUAUCUGGCCAUCCAAAGCAAUCAGAGUAGUGAACAGAAGUCUACAACGCCAGCUCAGCUGGCCUUCAUGCGGGUAUACUGUGGCCCUAAUCCUUCGUGUCUUGUGCAGUCCUCCAGCCUUUCCAAUGCUCAUAUAGACUACACCACAAAACCUGCAAUCAUCUUCCGCAUUGCUGCGCGCAAUGAAAAGGGCUAUGGACCCGCCACACAAGUUAGGUGGCUGCAAGAAUCCAGCAAAGAUGGUUCAGCUGGUAAACCUGGAAAUAAACGCCCUGUAUCCUCCCCAGAAAUGAAAUCUGCUCCAAAGAAAGCAAAGCCUGAUCAUCCGUGAUCAAGGUUGAAGUACCUCCCAGUCUCCUAAAUGAUGCUCAUACAGCAGCGACCUCCUUUGCUGUUCCUAGACGUCUACUACCCCUCUUUGGGUUUUUUUUGUCCCUACCACCAUACCGGUCACAUGGGGCUGGUAGGAAGUACCGACAACAAGCUAUUUCUAACUUUUUUUUUUUCUUUUCUUUUUUGUUCUCCCCCCGGUUAUCAAUAACUUUGGAAAAAGCACAUCUUUUUCUUUCUUUUUGUUUGUCUCCUUUGUGGACAGGGGGGAGAAACUCCAUCAGAUUACCAUUUAUUUUUAUUUUUAUUUUUUUAUUUUUUUGCCUCUGUAUUUUUCUAUGGAGCGAGGAGGAGCAGGAGGAUUGCAUUGGAACUUUGUGAACUUACUGAGGUUGUUAACUGUGCACAAGCAGACAGGCCCAAAAAAACCACACAAGCUUCUUAUGGAGAUGAUUCGUCCAGGUCUUUUUGCUUGUUUGGCAUUUUUUUCUCUUACAAGACUACAACAAGGGAGUUUGGGGGGGCGCUCCCCUCUCGUUUUGACAACAGAAGCACUUGGGACUUUAUUUCAGCAACAUCCGUGGUGUAAUGGUUUUAAAGACAUGAGCAAUAGGGUUGCCACAGGCCCACACUGAUGCUAGUUUUAAGCCACUCUCUCUUGGACGGCAAAGCUGCACAAAAUAAGGAGUGGGCAUGAUUCCCGGAACUUUAUUGUGACUUUUCUUUUGUAAAAUGGUGCAGACAUGUCCGUACUGUUGGGAUGAAAGCAAGACUUCUCAGUCUGUAACAAAGCUUGGCAUUGGAGUGCGCAUUUUCUGCUUGGUUCAGUCAGAGCUCUGCUAGGUGAAUUCCAUUUCAGCUUGUGAACAACACAUCUUGAAAUGUAUUUAAAGGAAGUUACUCAAAGUUUAAAAGCACCAUCAAAAUUUCACAUUUUUAUAUAUAUAUAUAUUGCAACAGGUUUUUUUUUAUUAUUAUUAUUAUUAUUAUUUUGACUGUUUUCAAUUUCUGUUACCAUUUUCAUUUUGUGCAGUCCAUUUUAUAUUUCUUUUGUCCCACUGGUUUUGAGAUGAACUUUUCAAGGUCAAGAGGAACUAACUGCAUACCAACCUAUCUGUACAACAUAAUGUCUAACCCCUUCGCACGCUGGGUGGCUGAGCGGGGUGAUCUAGAGUGUACUUCACUAGGUAAUCACUACUUAGGUUAACCCCUUCAGGACUAGGAAAGGUGGCAUAAAAUUGCAUGACAGACCUUCCUGGCACCUAGCAGUGAACAGGUUGCAAUUGUUUGCUUUUAUAACCGAAAUCUGUUAGCGGGUUUUCUUUUUCUUUUCUCAUCUUAUUGACAUCCCUUCCCUUUCUUUUAACUUUCUGCAUAAAGUUUGCAUUUUCCCCGACAGAACUCUGACUCAAUACUUUCUUCCAAGGCUCGGCUAUAUAAUACAGUAGUCCUUCCCUUUUCUGUGCUGUCUUUGAUCUCAUGUAGCAGCUGACUUCAGUGUUCUUAAGACGCUCGACCUACAGAAACUGCUUCCUAUCCAAACAGGCAUGCCCGCCAGCGAAUCCUGUAACUGUGUUCACCACACUUUCAUUUUCCUGACAGAAAUAACCAGCACCGAUCGUUGUUGGCCCAUGGUGCAGGAAAGGCCAAGCGUUAGCAAUUUCUAUUUCAUAUACAUAAAGUAUAAAUAUACAUAUAUAAAUAUAUACAAACAGUUGGAACCGUUUCAAAACAGGUUUCGCAAACUGUUUAGGAUUUGUUUUUUCUUUUUGUAAAAACAAAUUUAUAAGAAACAAGAAAGGAAAAAAAAACAUUAAAAAAAAUCUGACGUAGCUUAAAGCAUGGGGAAUUAAUUUUUUUUGUACAAAAGUAAAACCAUUAAAAAAAAAAUUGUAUAGAUCACCUAGAAUUUACGUUAUCUCAGUAGGGUUUCAUUUUAAUACUACUACCAUCUUUGUGUUAAUGUGUGUAGAAAAUAAAUAUAUAUAUAUAUAUAUAAUAUAUAUAUUUAUAUUUUACACACACAUUCUUUUUUGCUUUGUAUUUUUAAUCUAGCUGGUUCCAAAUGUGCAAAAAUUUUUGGUUCUCACUCAUGGCACAACAUUGGCUUCUUGUAAAGAGAUGUGCGAAGGAAUGAGGUCUACUCAUAUUUUCAUUUAGGUGUGUUUUUUUUUGUUUUUUUUACCCCCUUGAUUUGUAACCAGGAACAUACCUUUGUCUAUUGUGACUUUUAUGAUUUAAUGAGUAUCUAGGUUAAUAUCCUUACAUCUUUAAGAGUAUGGACUGAUAUGACAGAUCAGGAGAGCUGCAUGGUUGGUUGGGCUAUAAAGGAGAUGUAUGCUGUUGAGAAGUUUCUGACAAUUCUAUGAAUUGUCAGUUUAAUUGUUCCCAGACUUGAAUGUUUUGUCAAUAAAAGCAAUCUGCAUCCUAAAAUGAGGACACAAGCAGCGGUGACAGAUGGAAGUAUUUUUAUGAUGGGAGAAAUAUCUUGAGGAUAAUGUAGCCUUUUCUUACUAAUGCCCCAGCCCCCCCCCCCCCCCCCCCCCCUCCCUUUUAAACGUGAGAUUAUCUUAACCUAGUUUUUCAGCCUCAUGAAGCAAUUGCAGCUUUGUUUAAAAUACUUUCUGCCAGCUUGAUGGAAGAGAGUACGGCAAAAGUGGAGAUGAAAUAUGCAGAUCCCACAGAAAAUGGCCGUGGCCACUUCUCGUUUUUGUAUUAUAGUGUUACUAUGUGUUACCGCCUAGAAUCUCCUGCUAAAACCUCACCUGCCUUUUUUUCUUUGAGAAGAAAAGCUAUUACUUCCAUUGUAGAGGAGUUCUCGAAGUGAUCCAAUAUUACUAUAGUGCUAUCUGUCGUUUUUGUGCUAUUUUGAACAAUUAAAAACCUUUUUUGAA